GAAGUGGCCACGAAAAACAUUUGAGCGCGGUCUACGUACCGUGGGAAGGUUUGCGUCAGUGUCUUGGUGACUUGGACUGCCUACCGAAAAGCUUUGCGGAGCAAUGGAAGCUGACAUUCGCAGUGAGGUUGGAAAGUCGGUCCAGAACUUCGUAGUACAGUAACUUCGCUUCUCGCCAUCCGUUCAAGCCGUCUCCUGGUCCACUGAACGCCCGCGUAUCGACAGCUUGGGAAUACCUCGGUCAGAGGGCAAGGAUCCCUUAGCGAACUCCGGACGCUUACAAUGUCAACCGCAUCACAACAAGAUACGUCCACUGUAACAGUAGCCGUUCUAGGUCCCGGGCGACUGUCCGCUGCCAUUCGGGUGUAUAAGGAUGCGACGGGUACAGACUUGCGCCGUUUGGUCGCGGGAGAAUUCUUCGCGGGGAGUCUUUUGCAAUCGCGGCCACAUGAGCUGACCCUUUACGACGUCAGCUUGGAAAACCUGACAUGGGAUGAUAGCCGGUUGCUGCAGAAUAUUACGCAUAGGAAGGCUAUAGCCAGGACGUUUCCCACGGCGACUGAACUGUCACCACUUUCCUGUCUUGAAGUUACGAACGUUUUGGGAGCGGCGGAUGGAACUGUGAAGGUUCUGGCGGUGGUGUUUCCUGGUGCAGGAGGUGCGUCGAGGGAGGUGCAUCCGCCUCCGCAGUAUCAGCAGAAUGUGCAACUAGGUUCGCCCGGUAGAGUGGGGGAGACGCAGCGUACUGAAGGAGAUGCAGCAACGCCACCGGAUGCGACGGAUGCCACCGGAUGCCACCCCCGUAGAGCCGCAACGACUCCGGCAUCAUCACCGGUCGAGUCAGAACCCAGGCCGGUGGAGCAUGCACAUUAUCCGUCAAAUAGCUCUGGACAGCCAGCUUCAACCUCCGCGACAGGUCUUCCCGCCCCAAACAAAUACGUGCUGGGCGGAUCCCCAACGAACAUUCGGUUUUCGAUGAACUCGUUUCUAUUUCCAUACCCGCGUCCAUAUCCGAUGCAGCACGGAGGCCCACCCCACCCCGGAUUUCCUGCGUACCAUCCACAUCCUGGGCAACAUCCGGGGCAUUAUUUGUGGCAAAUGCCUCCAAGUCCGAGCUACACCCCCGCGCCAUAUCCAAUGCACUUCCCCUCUCCCCCAAUACCCGCUGACGGGACGCGCCAUCCUCCAGAGCGCGCUGCGUCUCCAUCCUUUCCAGCGGGAAGCUCAACGCUGGCCACAUCAGUCCGUCCUUCAACCGCACCCGGCUGCUCGUCGAACCAGCGCCCCGCCAAUACCCGUGCUCUCACGAUUUUAACCAAUCCAGCGUACGCUUCCAGCAUAUCUAUAUCAGGCACAACGGCAUCACCCACUUCCGCAACGAGACUUCUUCCCAGUUCCACGACAUCGACAAUGCCCCCGGGCACCCUAGCCCCAGAUCCUGUGACCGAAAACGACGAACCAGUCCCGACGCCGACCAGCGCCUGCCCACUGUCAUCCACGAACCCGCUCGCAGAUUACGAAGCGACUGCAUCAACAGAGCCGACGAUUAUCAAGGUGGACGAUUACAUUCACAAACCAGCGACUUCACGGCCACUCCCAUACCCAAAAUUUGAUAACGCUGACGACGACAGGAAGAAGCGCAACCGAUAUAUACUGUUCGCCAUCGCCGGACUAGUCAUCGUCGUCAUUGCGUCGACCACCAUUGCCCUCCGGGCAUUCAGACACUCAGAGCAUGGGGAUCCUCGCGUCCCGAGUAUUUCCGAUGUCGUGAGAACCUUCACAUCACCAUCUAGGCAACCCUACUGGGGCAUUAUGCCCUCCCACGACGACGGCUACUUUGUCGCGAAGAUCAAGGAUGUCAAUCAGAACGACGAGUUCCAAAUCCCCUCUACGUCUGUGUUUCGUCGAUACGAUUCGAGAAGAUCCGUGCUCUCGAAAACUUCGGAUAAGUACGCGGCUUAUUCACCAACCAAUAUCGAGACCGUCAGCGGCGCCAUACAGAUUUGGAAUACCAAAACGGGCGACUUGGCCGAUUUGGUGGAUAUCGGGUGGUACCCCAGCUCCAUCCAGUUUGGAGGCGGGGAGGACAGAUUUUUGGUCAUGGACACGAGGGACAGCGACGGGUGGUACGUGAACGUCACCGUCGUAGACCUCGCUUCACCCACGCCGCAUUCCGCCACCACGGUGAACAUCAUUGUUCCGGGCGAACAAGCGAAGAGGGUGUACCACACCCCGGACGAGAUUAUUGUCCUCUACAUGUCAGGCAGAGUCGAUCGGUACAACCUCGCGAAUUUCUCGACCCCGGCUCAAUCAACAUCCCAGAUCCAGCUCCCGUUCAACCUGACCGACAUUUCGAUUGAAACGCGUGCGGCUGAUCACAACUCAGUCUACUGGUUACUGCAAAGCAACAUCCUGGUGCAGUGGAUCACCGCGCAAGCCCAGGCCCCUGAAAGCAGCAUCCGCACCGUCCUGUCCAGCAACAUCACCCUCCCAAGCUACCCGGUCCUCGGCAUGGCACUCCACCCAGACGGCAACAUACUCUACCUCGUCAACGGCGCCCCCAGCGAGAGCGUGCGGAUGUUUGAUGUGCGACCGGGCAGCGAGGGGUUGGUGGGGACGAUGACACCACAGACGCAGUACCCCGCCGCGGAUGUCUCUGUGAGCGCCACGGGUAGGUAUUUGUGGAUUGCGUGUGGGUGGGUUGUCCAGCAGAUUGCACUUUGAGUGGGCGAUUUUUUGGAGGAGGCUGUUUUUUUCUGCGUUUUGAUGGACUUGGACGUAGGUGUUUUGGCGUAUGUUUUUGAUAGAUGUACACUGGAUGAUAAUCUAGAUAUGUAGGGAAGAGAGGCUCGGCAACGAUUUGCAGUGUCUUUCUUCAGUCGUUGUCCUAAUCCAUCGGAUUUUGUGAGUGCAUCACACGCCGCUCCCAACCUAUUCGCCUCAGCCGCCUCAAUCGUGUUUCGCGGGGAUCUUUUACCGCUCAGACUUGCUCGCAACAUAAUC